AUCCCAGCAUGCGCGCGUGCGGUCGGCGGUGCAUGGCGGAGAGCUAUGACUGAGGAUCUGGAUGAAGAGGUUGUGUUCGAGAACUCUCCUCUGUUCCAGUAUUUGCAGGAUCUAGGACACACCGACUUUGAGGCAUGUUCACCCAUCUCUCCGGAGCAGGAGGAGGAACUGAGCACUUGUGCCCAGGACAUCCUGCCCCCUCCCAGAGCAGGUGGGAUUUGGAGGCUGGCUGAGAUCCUACGCCCUCUGAGUCCGUUCGGUCAGAGCGAUGCCCCUCUGCAGCUGGAGCAGCAGCUGGACUCUGCGUUCCGGCAGUACUCCCUGCGCUGUGUGUUGUCUCAGGACGUGCUGUUGCAGGAGGACGUGGAGCUCAUUGAGCUAUUAGACCCCAGUGCCCUCUCUCUGGGCUCUACGAGUACUGCCUGCCCAAGCGCCACCUCAGCUCUGCCUGCACCCCGUUACAUUUCCACACCAUCCAUAUGGGAUGUCUCUGCAUUGGUCGGAUUAUUGGCCAUCCUGCUCACAGUUUGGUGUUCUUGUCAUGAGGAUGGGUGGGGCCUGCUAUGGCUGUGUGUGUGCGCGGUGUGCGUCGUGUGUGUGCGUCAUGGCGUUCGUCUGUGGCACAAGGCAGCAAUGCAGCAGCAGGUUCAGGCUCAAGCCGUCCAGUUGGAGAGUUUAGUGAUCAACAGUCGAGCUCUCACCAGCCUGGCACGCAAAUCGCUCCGUCUCAUCCAGGAGACCGAAGUCAUCUCGCGGGGAUUCACCCUGGUGAGUGCGGCCUGUCCCUUUAACAGGGCGGGGCAUCUGCGCAGCCAGCAGUUGAUUGGUUUGAGAAAAGCAGCCUACCAGAGCCUCCGCUGCGCGUUCCGUGCCUCCCGCAUCGCCACCUGCAUCAUGCUUAAAUCAUUUCCGCUCAACUCCGAGAUCGACAACGUCACCAACUAUGUAUCGACUGUGCCAAUCAGAGAACUGGGCCUGGGCUUGGGGGCGGAGCAUCUCUCUGAUGAGCAGGCACAGGAGCUGACCAAUGACUACAGCUUACCCACCCUCAAAUUGCUUUUUCAGUUGUGGGUGGGCCAGAGCUCGGAGUUUUUCCGCCGAUUGGCUCUGAUGCUGUCCUCUGGGAGGGCGGAGCUAGAUUCCAAGCCUCACCUAAUCGCGUACAACAGUGUUGCAACAGUCACCGCCUCCCUUCAUCCGUCCCUGGCCUGUUGCCUUGGUGACCUGCAGCGCAGCUAUGAAUUCCAUCGAUACUUUGAGAUGCAGCAGCAGGCGCAGAACUCGGGCCGAGCAAGUCGGGCACGACAGAAAUGCCGAGAGCUCAACUCGCUGCACACGUCCAUCCGCAGCCUUCAGCUCCACCUCAAAGCCCUGCUCAGCGAGGUCAUCAUUCUGGAGGACGAGCUGGAGAAGCUGAUGGUUGCGAAGGAGUCCGAGGAGGUGACGUGUGCAGGUUACCAGGAGCUCCGUGAGCGCCUGCACCUCCUGCAGCCUCACAUGCAGGCUAGCUCCUGCUGCUGGGACGACAUGACUGCUCAGGUGGAGCGCAUGCUACGCAGGGUCACCCACUGCCCAGGAAGUACAGAUAGCCCAGAGGAAGCAGCUGGUCCUGCCCCACCUCCCCCUGCCCCCACCUCACUCAUAGACGACACGGAUCCCGUCCCAGAGGAACAGGAACUGGAGGCCUACGUCUCUGACUCGGACUCAGACUCAGAGUGGCAUGGGGCUGUGGACAUGCUGUCGCCAUGGGAACGGGAGCGUCAGCGGCGUGAGAGGGAGGAAUCAUGCAGAGUUUUACUUGAGCUUAAAUCCGUCCUGGGGAUCCGAACUUCCGAGGGAGAACGAGACAAACGCAAACUGCUGCUGUUCAGCGACAAAGCUGCACUGGGUCCGGUUGCCACGGAGACGUCGGAUCAUUUCCCAGAAUCCUCAGCGAAUCCAGGAACAGAACUUGCAGCGUCUUGUGCAAGCAACCACAUCUCCCAGCAGCCCUCGGGAGGAGAAGGGGAGGAGUUAGAAGAGGGAGGAGGAGACACUGCGACAGACGGUACGGAGGACAGACAGACGGACGCCACUGUGACUGAGUUCUGUUGCGGCGAUUCCGAAAGCGCCGCAGAAACGCAAGAUCAGAGAGUCGAGGAAGAGGGAACGCGGCUCUUCCAGUCGGACGGGCUGAUAGACGAGGAGGCGGGCCCGGAUGGGUCGCACCCCGUCUCGCCCCGAGUCCCCGCCCUCUCCGUGAUGGACAGACUGACAGAAAUGCAUGGCUCUGAAGUGCUUAGCAUCGGCUCGGCUCUGGCUGCCCAGGUGGCCGCUCGCUCGCACACCUUCACGCACCUCCAGGAAUGCACGUAUGGGGACUCGGAUGAGGAGGAAGUUAGAUCACAGCCCAAGGAAAUGGAGACAGCAGAGAAGUGAAGGACAGCUCGCUGAACUGUUUAGCAUAUACAGGUUAUUUAUUCCCAUCUGCCCGAGAUUUAUUUAUUGAGCUUGAGGUCAGGACUGCAGCACAUAGACCGGGUGCGAGAGAGAGGUUUCUAUGUCCGUCCCUUAUGUGCCUCCAUGUAUGUUCUUGUUUACACUCUGUCUACCAUCACUUCGUUCAACCGUCCCUGUUUUCUCGCAGUAUGCAUCAGGUACAAGCUCGCAAAUACAGACACGGAAUUCAACACACAUCACAGACCAGGAUUAUUAUUUCUUUGUGUACGGUUAUAUUUUGGCUACCGAUUGGGCCAUUGGUAGGUUUUUAUUCCUCAACAGUCCACCCACUGAUUCAGGCGGACAUUAGUCAUACGCCUGCUUGUUUCUGUGUGAGCGAGGUUUGCGUUUUAUACCCAUUUGGUUCAAAUGACGAGUCAAAUAGGCUGAUAAUAUAAAACACUCAGUGAUAAUGAUAAAUAGAAUAACUUGUCAAUAAUGGGAAGGAACAAAAAGUCCUGGACAUUCUGGCUGUGCGUCACAGAGCCCACUGUGAGGAUCACUCAUCUAGAAGAAUGUUCACACACACUGAAAUUUCCAUUAAUAAUUCAUGACUCAUUAUCCAUUGGAAUUGGGGUGUGUGUUGACUUUAUACGCUGAUUAAUAUUUAAAGCGAUGUGAUCGAGAAAAAUACAAUGCUGUAUUCAGGCAGGUAGGUUUAAAAAAAAAAAUAGAGCGGGGGAUAUUCCGAGGAGGAAUUAAAGAAAAAAUAAAGAAUUGCUGAGAUUCAAGCCGUAACUUUAUUGAAAAAAAUAACCUUGGAUAGUCAUUGAGAUUAUAAAUUUUUGAGGAAAAAAAAUUACAAUUCUAAGAUUAAAUUUACAAGAAAUAAAACUUGGGGAAAAUAGUUGAGGUUUUUUUUUUUUUCCCUUUUUUUUUGGGGGGGGGGGUGCAAGGAACAAGAUCACUUCACUUUACUAGGUUGGACCGACAUCAUCUGGUCGCACCACAGACGCCACGGCUGAGUUAUAGAAAUGCCAUCUUUCCGCCUCGAUCGCACAAUAAGAGAGGAUAAUUUUCAACUGCAUUCCCCAGAAUGCACUGCAGCCAGGAAGCAGGAGAUCGUUUUGGAGCCCACCUCCAAUUAAUUACUAAUUUCUUAAUCUCAUAAUUUGAGGGGUUUUAUUUUUUUAUGGUAAAUUUACCAUCUUAUUAUCUCUGAGAAUUUGAGCGGGGGGGGGGGUUUAUCUCAGAGAUUGAGUCGUAUGGGUUCCCCCCCACCCGCUAGCUUUGAGAAAUGUAUUCAGUAUGUGGAUAUAAAUCUACUUUUAAAGAUGAUGGGGGGAAUUCGCACUUGAUUUUCCAUUUACAAUAAAUGUAGCCAUCCAGCCAAGACAUGACUGACGUCUGAUGUUUGUUUCUGUUAUGCACUCGGGCUAUCAGUGGGCCGGGGAUAAUGAAAUCUUCUGUCAGCUCCAGUUAGCAUUCAGCAACAUGGCUGCCUCGGAGCAUAAAGAAGCAUCAGUUGUUAUAUUUAUUGUCGAGUUUUGACACUCGCCAUUCUUGGCUGACAGGAACGUGAACCCGAUGUGUUCUGUAGUCGUAGCUCAUCCUUUUCAAGGUUCAGUUUGAGAUACAGGGCUGUUCAAAAGUCUUGGGCUCCCAGUUUUUUCAUACAAACUUCGUUAUAGAUUUCUAUUUUAUGAUUAAUACAUCGAGUCAAAACAUUACAAAAACAUUUGAGAGUCCAAACGUUCGUUUUCCAGCACAAAAUUAAAUGUUAGAGGAAAAAACACGUUUGUAUGUGAGCAGCAUAUUACAUAAGAGAGCAGUUUUCAGAUUAUAAAAGAAAACAAUGAAGGCUGCUGGCUUUUGGUGCAAAAUGAAGAAGCGAGUGUGACAGUCAAAGUGUCCAGAAGAACUGUGGCUGGUUCUGUAAGAUGCUCAGUAAAACCUACAGCUCAUUUCCAUAUAAAACUACACUCAUUGGACCCGAGACGACUUUUUUUUUUUAAAAGCAAAGUGACGUACUGCUGUUUUAUAGUCUCAUCUCAUUAUCUCUAGCCGCUUUAUCCUGUUCUACAGGGUCGCAGGCAAGCUGGAGCCUAUCCCAGCUGACUACUGGCGAAAGGCGGGGUACACCCUGGACAAGUCGCCAGGUCAUCACAGGGCUGACACAUAGACACAGACAACCAUUCACACUCACAUUCACACCUA